AUGAGGACACUGUUGCACGUCUUGUGUCUCCUUACGUCCGCUUCUUCACUUCAUGGGUCCAACGUCUGCACAUCGCGAGGAGCCACCACAUGUCAACAGUGCUUGGCAGUUGACCCCAGUUGUGCGUGGUGUUUCCAAGAGACCUUUGGGAUGGGAGGGUCCGGAGUUUCCCGCUGCGACCUGAAGCAGAACCUACUGGAGGGCGGCUGCUCCGAGGCUGCUCUGGAGUCGCCUGCCAGCACGUUGGUAGUGUUGGAGGACCGGGCGCUCAGCGACAAGGCCUCGGGCGCGGCGGGAACCGUCACCCAAAUACAGCCCCAGAAAAUCCACAUGGUUCUCAGGCCAGGGGAUUCCAAGACAUUCACUGUCAGCGUGAAACAAGUGGAGGACUACCCUGUGGACCUCUACUACCUGAUGGAUCUUUCUUUCUCCAUGAAGGAUGACUUGGCUCGCCUGUAUACUCUGGGCAACGAGCUGGCCAAGACCAUGGGCAAGACCACCAGUAACCUGCGGAUGGGUUUCGGAGCCUUCGUGGACAAGACCGUGCCGCCCUACAUGUACAUGGCUCCUCCUGAAGUUAUUGAGAACCCUUGCGUUGGGAUUCACGAUACGUGCCAGGCGCAGUUUGGCUUCAAGCACGUGCUGUCCCUCACGGAAAAGGUGGCUCGCUUCACUGAAGAAGUGGGGAAGCAGCAGGUGUCGCGAAACAUUGACGCCCCGGAGGGCGGAUUUGAUGCCGUAAUGCAGGCAGUCGUGUGCAAAGACAAAAUCGGUUGGCGUUCGGACGCUUCCCAUCUGCUGGUGUUCACCACCGACGCCAAAACGCAUAUCGCCCUUGACGGACGCCUUGCUGGCAUCGUGCAACCCAAUGAUGGACAGUGUCACCUGGGUAGUGAUAAUGUCUACAACAAAUCCACCAUAUUGGAUUAUCCUUCCUUAGCGCUUCUGACUGAAAAAAUGUCGGAAAACAACAUCAACUUGAUUUUCGCCGUGACAAACUACGUUGUGCCGCUCUACAAGGAAUACAGUCAGCUCAUGCCAGGCAGCACCGUGGGAAAGUUGUCCGGCGACUCCGGGAAUGUUAUUGAGCUCAUUGAGGACGCGUACGCGAAAAUUCGCUCUAAGGUGGAGCUGGAGCUUCUGGGGGUUCCGGAGGAGUUGAAUCUGUCAUUCAACGCCACUUGCCUGAACGGUGAAGUCAUCCCCGGUUUGAAGUCUUGCUCGGGCCUGAAGAUCGGAGACACAGUGUCUUUCAGCGUGGAGGCCCAACUGAGAGGCUGCCCAGAGGAGGGAACCCGGACUUUCACCCUGAAACCUCGAGGAUUUAAGGACUCCCUGGAGGUCACGGUGGUUUUCGCGUGCUCGUGCGACUGCGAGGCGGACGCCGAGGUCGACAGCCCGUCUUGCAGCGGAGGCAACGGCACUUACGAGUGCGGCGUGUGCCAGUGCCACGAAAGGAGGCUGGGCCCUCACUGCGAGUGCUCGCUGGAGGACUACAGCCCCUCCGACGACGCCAAGUGCAUCCCCAAGCCCGGGAGCCCGCCGUGCAAUGGACGCGGGGACUGCCUGUGCGGGCAAUGUUCGUGUCGCAACAGUGACUUCGGCCAAGUGUGGGGAAAACACUGCGAGUGUGAUGACUUUAACUGCCUACGCUUCAAGGGGGAGCUGUGCUCAGGCCACGGCAAGUGCAACUGCGGGUUCUGCCAAUGUGACGCCGGCUGGAAGGGCGACAACUGCAACUGCAGCACGCUCAUCGAUAUGUGCGUGUCUAGCAUCGGUUUGCUGUGCAGCGGCCGCGGUACCUGCGAGUGUGGCGUUUGCCAGUGUACUCAGCCCGGGGCCUAUGGCGCCACCUGCGAAAAGUGUCCCACUUGCCCUGACUCGUGUACCAUCAAAAAGGAGUGUGUGGAGUGCCAGCACUUCAAGAGAGGCCAGUACACCGAAGACGAGAGCUGCAGUCGCAUCUGCAAAGACCAAAUUAAAGUGGUGACCCAACUCGAGUUCCUCUCUGAAAAUGCGGUCAACUGCUCAUACAAGGAUGAGAAUGACUGCGUGGAGCAUUUCCAGUAUUACGAAGACGAAAGCGGCAAAUCCAUCUUGUUUGUGAUAGAAGAGCCAGAGUGUCCUCAGGGUCCCGACACCCUGGUGGUGCUGUCGGCUGUGGCCGGAGCCAUCUUGCUCCUGGGCCUGGUGGCUUUGCUCAUUUGGAAGCUGCUGGUCACCAUCCAUGAUAGAAGGGAGUACGACAGGUUUGAGAAGGAACGAGCCAAAGCCAGAUGGAACACGGCCAACAAUCCACUGUACAAAGGAGCGACAUCCACCUUCACCAAUGUGGCGUACAGAGGCGCCUCCUCCAGCUGA